AUGUAUCAGCACAUAAUAUUAGCACGAAUAUUAUUUUCUGUUGGUGCUAGUUGUCUUAUAUUUAGUCUUGUAUUCGGUUGGGUAUCAUUUUCUGUACCUGAUUGGCUUCAAUUUUAUGAACGUAAUAAAUUAUUAGAUAAUAAAUUAUCAAAUGAAAAUUUUGAUCUUUUAAAAAAAUUUGGUUUAUGGUAUAAAUGUAUAUUUUCAACUGAUUCAAAUGAUUUUAUUUGUACAGUAUGGAAUAAUGAUGCUCCAAGUUUUGUUCGUGUUGCACAAGUACUUGUACCAUUUGGAUUAAUAUUAGGUUGUUUAUCACUUCUAUCAACUUGUGUUGGUUUUAUGUGUAGAGGAGCUUUAAUAUCUAUUAUGAUCUUUUCAGCAUUAUUUGCAUUUUUAAGUUUUAUAUUUAUAACAAUUGGUGCUACUGUAUUUGCUACAGAAUCUUUAGUCUACGUUGAACGUUUACGUUUAAAUAAUAAUGAGAAUCCUCGUCGUUGGGGUAUGUGGUUAUUAGUACCAAAUCUUAUUUUAUCUUUUUUAACUUCAUUAUGUUUUAUUACUGCAUCAUUACUUAAUUGGUGUGAUUAUCGAAAUAUGGAAGUGACAGGAAUUCUUAGUCAUAAUGUUGAUAAAUAUAAUGGUAGUGUUUAUAAAGCACCAUCAGAAAGUAAUACAACAUCAGUUAUAAAAGCACAAUAUCCACAUCAAGAUUAUCCAAAUACUUGUUAUCAAAUAAGUGGUUUGAAUAAUAAUAAUAAUAAUCAACAAAAUCCAAUGGGUUAUCCACCACCACCAAGUUAUGCUGCUUUAGUUAAUCCAUCAUAUCAACCAACUCCUCCUGGUUUAUUUGGAUAUUCAAGAUCGGGUAGUCCAACAAUGAAUCUAAUGCAUCAACAUACAAAUUUUGAUCCUUAUUAUCCUCGACAUUAUAUGACAGAAACGUUAGAAAUGGAUGAUUUAUCUCGUACGAAUCGUUCAUCACGUCGUCGUCCUCGUAUUCGUCGUCAAUCCAGUCAUCGUUCAAGAUCAAAUAGUCCAGAUGAAAGUACAAUUAUUGAUGAUAAUAAUCAAAAACAAACUCAAUUUAUUCCAAUACCUAUUCCUUAUUAUCAACCUCAACAAACAGCAUCAACAUCACAAACAACUAAAUUACAAACACCAAUGAUAUCAUCAAAUAAUAAUCCAUCAUCAAUAUCAUAUAUUGUUCCACAAUCAAAACAACAAUAUAUGGAAGAAACUGUUCAACCAAAUACAAAAGUGACUAAUAUGUUAAAAUAUGGUACUGUACAACCAUCAUUAAUGGUAUCUAAUCCAAGUCAACCUGUUUAUACAAUAGCUUAUCGAACAAAUAAUGGUGGUAAUUUACUUGCACCAAAUAUUAUAACUGGACCAGCAGCUGCAACAUAUGUAACAGCAACACGAAAACAAAUAUCUGAAAUAACUUCAUUGAUUAGUGAUUCUGAUAAGGAAGAAGAUCGUAAUUAUCAAACUAUUCCAAAACAAAGAAAUUCUAAAAAGAUUAAUAUCAAUGAAGCAUGGACAUGGCGUAAACUGUAA